AUGGGGUGCAGUGGAAGCAUUGAGAUCAAGAGCGAACCCCAGGCUACUAGUAAGGCGAUGGUGGUGCUCCUCGUGCCGGAGACUGUUGAGUUGUCUCCGAGGCGAGCAGCACCACCCAGUUUCGAUACACAUCGGCAGUAUGUCCAGAAGCUCAACAGGUACCUCAUCGAUGUGGCCAAGAAUCCUAAUGCUUUCGAGAGCAGGGUGAAUGUGCGCCGUGAAGCAAGAUUCGCGGAGCUAGCCAAGGGCCGGUCGCGGCCCGUGGACACGCGGCACAGCAUCCAGGCCGUGGCAGCCGCGUGA